CGAUAUAAAAUCUGCUCCCCACAUUUCAUGCCCUACUACUGCUGCCACUGCACAAUUUUUUUACAAAACCUCAAGCAAAAACCUUCGAAGCCAAAUCCAGAGCUCUCUGCAAACGACGCCGUUUUGCUUUUUCCUUCAGUCUUGCAGGGUAUACUACCAAGUAACAAUUUGUUCAUCAAGUAUGGGAGACAGUGAAACAGUAGUUUCUGAAACGUCUGCUGCGAUGGACUAUGCUCCUGCAAGCUAUACUUCCACUGGCUACGCUGAUGCCAGCUCAAAUGUUGUUCCCAAUACUGAUGCUUCCCCUUCCGAGGCUACUGGAGAUUUUGCUGCUUCUGCUUCUCUAGCUGAUGCAAAUUCAACUGUUCCCGGUGGUUCUGAUUUAGGAGAUGGGAAUGUAUAUGGCACAGAACCUAAUCCUGUCAUGCAAGAAGCUCAUGUGAAUACAACAUUUGAACCUAAGCCACCUGUUAGUAGUGAGAAAGUUAGUGAUCCAGAAAGCGCAGCAGCAAAGUUGUCUCAAGUAGCUGGUACUAAUUAUUCCGUUAAUGCUAGUGUUGGUGAAGCGGGAAAUCUGGCAGUUGAGAACGGAAAUGCUUCAGAUAAUGUGGGUAGAGCUGUUGAUGAGCAACAGUUUGAUGGUUUUGUACCAGCUAUGUCCGCUGAUGAAGAUCGACUGUGGAACAUUGUGAGGGCUAAUUCUUUAGAUUUUAAUGCAUGGACUUCCCUGAUUGAAGAGACUGAGAAGGUGGCGCAGGAGAACAUAUUGAAAAUACGAAAAGUUUAUGACGCUUUUCUGGCAGAAUUUCCUUUGUGUUAUGGUUAUUGGAAAAAGUAUGCAGACCAUGAGGCGCACCUAGGUUCGGUUGAUAAAGUUGUGGAGGUUUAUGAACGGGCAGUUCAAGGAGUGACCUAUUCGGUGGACAUGUGGUUGCAUUAUUGCAUAUUUGCCAUUAGCACAUAUGGAGAUCCAGACACUGUCCGAAGGCUCUUUGAACGAGGAUUAACUUAUGUUGGAACAGAUUACCUGUCUUUCGCCCUUUGGGAUAAAUAUAUUGAAUAUGAAUACAUGCAGCAGGAAUGGGGCCGCCUUGCUAUGAUUUACACCAGGAUUUUGGAGUAUCCAAAUCAACAGUUGGAUCGAUAUUUUAACAGCUUCAAGGAGUUAGCUGCAAGUCGACCUUUGUCUGAAUUAAGGACUGCUGAAGAAGCUGCUGCAGCAGCAGGUGCACUUUCAGAGGCUAGUGUCCAAGCAAACGAGGGAGAGGUUCAUCCUGAUGCUGCGGAACAAUCUCCUAAACCUGUAAGUGCUGGCUUAACAGAAGCAGAGGAGUUGCAGAAGUAUAUCGCCAUUAGAGAAGAGAUGUAUAGGAAAGCUAAAGAGGUCGAUUCUAAGAUCAUUGGUUUUGAAACAGCUAUUAGGAGGCCAUACUUUCAUGUGCGGCCCCUCAACGUUGCAGAGCUUGAAAAUUGGCAUAGCUAUUUGGAUUUUAUGGAAAGGGAAGGUGACUUUAACAAGGUGGUCAAGUUAUAUGAGAGAUGCCUGAUUGCUUGUGCCAAUUAUCCCGAGUAUUGGAUACGUUAUGUUUUAUGCAUGGAGGCUAGUGCUUGCUUGGAUCUUGCAAAUAAUGCUCUUGCUCGGGCAACCCAAGUCUUUGUCAAGAGACAACCAGAGAUUCACCUUUUUGCUGCUCGGUUUAAAGAACAAAAUGGGGAUAUACCUGGUGCUAGAGCUGCCUAUCAACUAGUAAAUGCUGAAAUCUCACCUGGUCUUAUUGAAGCAAUUAUUAAGCAUGCUAAUAUGGAACAUCGGCUGGGGAAUCUGGAAGAUGCUUGUUCUUUGUAUGAACAGGCGAUUGCAAUUGAAAAGGGAAAAGAACAUUCACAGACAUUACCGAUGUUGUAUGCGCAAUACUCUCGGUUUUUGUACAUGCAGGUUUCUGGUAAUGCAGAAAAAGCUAGGGAAAUUCUAGUUCAAGCACUUGAGCAUGUGCAACUUUCAAAACCACUGCUUGAGGCUUUAAUACAUUUUGAGGCAAUUCAGACCUUACCAAAGCGAAUCGAUUAUUUAGAGUCUUUGGUUGUUAAGUUCAUAGUUUCUGACCUGGAGAGCUCCAAUGUUGCUAGUCCGGGUGAUAGGGAAGAGUUAUCUUGCAUUUUUUUGGAGUUUCUGAACGUCUAUGGAGAUGUACAAUCUAUCAAGAAGGCUGAGGAUCGGCAUGCCAAACUUUUCUUGCCCCAUAGAAGCACCUCAGAAUUGAAAAAGCGCCAUGCAGAGGAUUUUCUAGCAUCAGAUAAAACGAAGAUGGCCAAGUCUUAUUCUGUUCCUUCACCUGCCCAGUCUUUGAUGGGUGCAUAUCCAAGUGCGCAAAACCAGUGGACAGCUGGUUAUGGUGUACAGCCUCAAGCUUGGCCACCAGUUACGCAAGCACAGGGACAACAGUGGGCCCCUGGCUAUACCCAACAGGCUGCAUACAGUGCAUAUAGUGGUUAUGGAAGCAGCUACGCUAAUCCGCAAAUAGCAACAGCAGCACCACAAACUGCCGCUUAUGGGACUUAUCCUAGUACAUAUCCUGCACAGCAGCAGGCCUUCCCACAACAAAAUUACGCAGCACAACCCACUGCAGCAGUAACGAUGGCGGCCCCAGCCCAGCAACCUGCUUCAGUUCCUCAGGCAUAUUAUGGGAGUUACUACUGAAAUGGCAAGACUCUUCUUGCACUGUUUUGCCGGCUGUAAUCUAUUGGUUAACUUUUUCGUCUUUCACAGACCUGACCCGUACCAUGAGUUUUUUAGACAUGGGUAUGGUGUAGCUAACAAGACUCAAGGGCUGAGAGGUCCCUGUUUUAGUUGUGAUACUAGCAAUUGUAUUUUAGUUUUAUUAAAAAAUUUUUUUUAUUUUUUUUA